ACGGCCAUGCUCUCCGUUGCUCUCUCCCGGCUGCUAACCGCCGAAGGUCGUGGCUGCCGAGCGGAUCCGGAGUUCUUCUCGAAAUAACACCGCCGGCCCGUCACAUCACGUGCCUCUGGAGAGGCGGUUAUGGCGGAAUCCACCGAGAUGGAGGGGCAAGGUAACACCAACGCCACUGGAUCCCACAAUCCGAGGUCGAGAAAGCUGAGGUCGCUCGUCUGGAAUGAUUUCACCAAGGAGCGGAAGGCCGAUGGGAGUUUCGUCGCCAUCUGUAAUCACUGCAAGAAGCAGCUGACCGCGAGCAGCCGGAGCGGGACCACGCACUUGAAGAACCAUCUGGGAACUUGUACGUCCAGCAAGCGAAUGAAGAGGAAGAAGCUGGUCGUGCGGCGUCUGGUCCUCAAGUCGAGCGAUGCGAAGAACGAUGGAGCCCCUGGUCUCGAGCAUCCUCAGUUCGAUCAAGAAUUGAGUCGGCAGGACCUUGCUCGUAUGAUCGUUCUGCAUGGCUAUCCUUUCUCCAUUGUGCAUCACGUCGGCUUCAGAACAUUCGUAAGAAACCUUCAACCGCAGUUUAAGUUGGCAUCUUGUGACAUGGUGAAGGCAGAUUGCAUGAAGGUCUAUGAGAAUGCGAGGCUUAGGCUGCAGGAGCUGCUUGACAAGCUUCUCUGUCGAGUUACUCUCAUGGUUGAUAUGUGGAGAUCGAGUGAGGGUCUGGAAUACGUAUGCUUGACGUGCCAUUAUGUUGAUGAUGAGUGGAAGCUUAAGAAGAAGAUUCUCAACUUUGUACCUAUGGAAGCUCCAUUGACUGGGGAAGAAAUUAGUAAAACCAUUGUGGAGAAGCUGCACGAAUGGAAUAUCGGGAAGAAGUUAGCUAGCAUAGUCCUUGAUAAUUGCAGCACCAGUGAUGUGGUGACAGGAGAGCUUCUCAAAUCUCUUCGGCCGAAAGGUUUCCUUCUUUUGAAUGGCGAUCUAUUUCGUGUGCAUUCCUGUGCGCAUAUACUGAAUCUCGUGGUCCAAGAAAGUCUGGAACUGGCAGGUGAGGUAACUAGUAAAGUCCGGGAUAGUGUGCAAUUUGUGAAAUCCUCACAAGAAAGAGCUACAAGAUUUCAGAAGGCAGCAAAGCAAGUGGGAGCCCCACAGAAGCCAUUAAUUCUUGAUGCUCCAACUAGCUGGGUCUCUACUUAUUCAAUGCUUGAAACUGCAUGCCAAUAUCAAGAUGCUUUCUCCCGCUUGGCAGAAUGGGAUACUGAGUUCACAGACUGUCUGUCUUCCAAGGAGUGGAGCAAUGCUAAAGCUGUUGCCGAAUGUUUAGAAGUUCUGUACCAUGCUAUAGAGAAGUUCUCAGCCACGAGAGUUCCAACUGCCAAUCUUUAUUUUAAUGAUAUUUGUGGGAUUCAUUUGCUCAUGAAAACCUGGUGCAUGAGCCCGCAUCCUGUUGUCGCAUCAAUGGCUGUGCAAAUGCUUGAAAAAUUUGAACAGUAUUGGGACCUGACUCGAAUAAUUAUGGCGAUUGCUUCUAUUUUAGAUCCUCGAUACAAGAUGAAGUCUAUUGAGUACUACUUCAAGCUAAUUUAUAAUGAUCCAUAUGAAUCGAAGGCAAGGAUUGAUACUAUUCGUAACAAUUUUAUAAACCUUUACAAUGAAUAUGCAAUUCAAUCAGCUAAUUCUUCAAAAAAUCAAGCAUACCUCUGUUAUGUAGGGAAUGCUAGUGGCUACACUAGUUCUGAGAGUGGAAAUGGGGGAGAAUCUAAAACGUCCUAUCGCAUCACACUAUCAGAUACACGACGAGGACUUGAUCAGUAUCUUCAAGAGACAUCAUCAAGUCAACCGUCAAAAUCUGAUUUGGAUAUGUACAUGGAGGAAGCUGUUCAUCCCUCAAAAGAAGGCCUUGAUGACAAUUUUAACAUAUUAGCUUGGUGGAAAUUUAAUGCAGCAAAAUAUCCUAUCCUUUCUAUAAUGGCCCGUGAUAUUUUGGCAAUUCCCAUGUCAAUUGUUCCAUUAGACAGUGAAGCUAGAACACUCAAUCAAUAUCUGAGUUCCAUGGACCCAAUGACUGUACAAGGCAUUAUAUGUGCACAAGAUUGGCUAAAAGAUGAAAUUGAAGCAGUUGGGCCAGUGGAUGGCCUUGCGCUUGUUUCUGCAGCUGCUGGCUUGGAGGGUGAUGAUGAGUGUAUGAUACCAGCGAAUGGGGAUGAAUUUUCUCCACUAUCAAAAUAGCAACUGAACUAUGGAAUAAAACUGAAGAAUCCUUGGCCAUGUCCACUGUCCCCAGAUGCUGACUUAAAGUGCUGAAACAUGUGCAAUUUUGUCACCCUGCCUUCUGGUACUGCUAGGAAUUAGUUUUGGUAAAUUAUUUGUGACGAUAUAUAUCACUGUACUACGUAAUUCUUAGCAUUACUUUCUUGUUUGCAUAGAAGUGCAUCUUUAGAUCAAGUAUAUUGCUAGCCUAGGGGUCACAUUGCACCAUUAUCAUGGGCUGUCAGAAUACUUCCAGACAGAUGCUCAGUGAGAUUACUACUAUUUGAUCUGAAGUUUUUAGACAGAGCAUGCAGGGACAGUUGAAAAAUUCAGCAACCCAUAGGUAACGAAGUUUUAACUUGGAGAAGUAGAACUAAUAUGAAGCAAGGUUGCAGAAAAAAUAGUUUAGCAUAAACCUCGGACGGGACGGAGACGGAUUCUUCAGAAACCGGACCAGAAUUCCUUCAAGAGAAAGUAGCUUGUGGAGAGCUGCGGGCAUGUCCCUUUAGUCUUAGAUAAUGCUUUUGUUAGGCACAUGAAAGCAUAGUUUGAUCUAAUGUGAAAGGGAAGAUCUAAUGCUAUCAGCAUAUCUAUAUCUUACCUUAUGACAAUGUAUAUUUUUUAUAUGUAUAUUUUAUCUAUAUCUGAAGAAAAGGACACUUUGAAUAGCUUUUUAAUAUGCACACACCUUGGCUUUGGCAUUGCC